CAGGCAGGAAGGGAAAGGCAGGGAGAGGCUUGCCCAAGUGCAGCUGUUGCACCUAGGAGAAAGCAACCAGCAUUCAGAGCACCUGACAGGAGAGCAGGUGCUGUGCACUGAGCAAGGUGCCCAGGGUCUGCCACUCACACCCUGUUGCUUCCUGGCCUCCCCCAAGAGAACCACCACCACGGCUUCCAGAGACAGGCGCUUUGAGAAGGGGAAGAUGGAUGAGGAAACAACAGGCGACUCUGAGACCUUGCUGGAAAAGCCAGGGCCAGCUGAGCUGAGGAAACCGGUGCUGUUCAGAACUUACAGGCGGCGAUGGUUCCUGCUGCUGGUGGUUUGCCUGCUGAACUGCUCCAAUGCCAUGCUGUGGCUGACGUUUGCUCCAGUGGCUGACAAAACAGCAGCCUACUUCCACAUCUCCAUGGAUACGAUUAACUGGCUGUCUCUGGUGUACCUUCUCAUAUCUAUCCCGUUUGGACUGGUGGCAACCUGGAUUCUUGACACCGUGGGACUCAAGUGUGCUGUGAUACUUAGUGCCUGGCUGAACAUGGUUGGAAGCAUCAUUCGGACUUUCAGUGUCAUCAGCUUCCUGAGUCUGGGAUCCCUGACCUACACGUACCUGUUCAUAGGACAGUGCCUCUGUGCUCUGGCUCAGCCACUUGUCAUUUUUUCUCCAACAAAACUAGCGGCCCUGUGGUUCCCAGACCACCAGAGAGCUACGGCAAAUAUGAUCUCUUCAAUGUCUAAUCCCUUGGGAAUUCUUAUCGCUAACUUGCUGUCCCCUGCACUUGUGUCUGAAGAAAAAGAUAUACCACUGAUGCUUGGACUGUACGCCACCCCUGCAGUUACAGCCUGCAUCCUGGCCACGGUUGGUGUUCACGACAAGGUCCCUCCAACUCCACCAUCAGCAAGCGCCACUCAUUCUACCUCGCAGCCAUUUUUCACAGGCUUGAAAAUGCUUCUGAGAAAUAAACCAUACGUCAUCCUGAUGGUCUGUUUUGGAGCAGGGAUUGGGAUGUUCACCUGCUUUUCGGCUCUUCUGGAACAGAUCCUGUGUGUAAGGGGGUAUUCAAAUUUCUUUGCAGGCCUGAAUGGUGCGUUGUUCACGGUGUUUGGGUUACUUGGUGCUUUCCUUCUGGGACUGUACGUCGACAAGACCAGAAGAUUUAUAGAAUCCACCAAGGUCUGUUUCUGCCUGACUGCGCUAGCCAGCAUCGCAUUUGCAGUCAUGUCUCGGUUCAGGAAUCAGGCCGUUCCACUGGCUCUGAUCAGCUCGCUGUUUGGGUUCUUUGGAUUUUCUAUCUACCCCGUUGCUAUGGAGCUAGCGGUAGAAUGCUCCUUCCCGGUGGGAGAGGGAACAUCCACAGGCCUCAUUUUUGUUUCAAGUCAGAUCCAAGGAGUGAUCUUAAUGCUGCUAUUGCAAGCCCUCACGGUGCAGAUUUCCACGGCUCCAUUCUCCACCUGUGACACUGAGGAAGGUGGAGCAUUAGACUGGACAGUUUCCACGCUGGUGAUGGCUGGAGCGUGCAGUGUGGUAGCCUGCUUCUAUGUUAUCUUCUUCCACACCGACUACAAGAGACUCCAUGCCGAAGCAUCGAAAGCCGCAUCAAUCAACAAAACUGGAACUGAAGCCUAAAACGUCUUAUUUACAACUGUACACUAGCAUGGCUGGGGAAAACGGACUAAUCUCUGUGGGAAACAGCCAGUCACACCUGUGCAUUCAGCUGCCACGCUGUGGCCCUGAGUCUGGUAUGGAUCUUACAGGUGCUACCACAAGUGCUACUCCAAGUUGGACAACAGAGGGGCUGAAACAUCGUCUGCCCUUGCAGUUCUCCACCAGAUCCCGAGCUGGACUUUUAGGACAAGAUUCAAGGGAGGGGUAUGUGUGCUAUUUGGAUCUUGCUAAAGUGAUUAAAAGAAGCAAAGAUGGAUAGGUCAUCUACAGAGAUAAGAAUAUUCAGUAGCAACAGUAAUGCUGAAGUAUUGCAAUGGAGAUAAACCUCAUCUUUCAGGAGUCAAGGCCAUUUUUUAAGUACUAGAGGUUGGGCUCCCUGCAUCUUCCUCGGAGGUAUCUGGUGCUGGCCACUGCUAGAGACAGAAUGCUGGCCUCGAAGGACCAUGGUUCUGAUCAGUAUGGCAUUUCUGAUGGUGAGGGGUGACCUUUCAUCAAGCGAUGGAGGUGGUAAAAACUGGGCAGGUGGGUUUUAUCUUUGUUCAAUGUUCUGUAAGCCCCCAUGGUGGGCACAGCACACGCUUCUAAAAUCACCUGCAGCAUCUUUUCCUGGAGACAUGCGAGGGGAAGCCCUGAUAUUUAAACACCAAAUGUAAAGGAGAAUUGACACACACAUCCCUCCUGAAGGAGAGAUUAAGAGCCAGUGCAGGUUACGAGACUGGGUUUUAUAACACCCUCCCUCCACUCACUCCCCUGCCAUACAGGCAGCGAUGCAGAAUCGACUUCGAGCCUGUUGCUACUUCUGCCUUAACCACAAACCCUUGACCCAUUUCUAACAGUUACAAUUUAAUAAGCAAAGGAACCGGCUGACCCUGGAGCAGGCCUGUGCUCACUGCCCAGGAGAGGGUGAGGUUAAAAGGGAGGCACAAGCACUGUUGGGAAGCAGCAUGGCAGGAAAAGGAUGAUUUAGCUCCUUACCGCAGCAGGUGCUGCCCAUGGCAAACCCAAAAACCCCAGGGAGGGGCAAAGGUCAAUCCUCAGUGGGAACCUGCUUGAGGCCCGUAAUGGUAACACAGGGAGCGAUUCACCCCUCGGGGGUCGAGACUAAUGCACAGUGUCCCAGGGUAGUGCAGGGAGGUGUAACUAAAAUUCUCCCCGUGGGAAAGUGACAUUUCCAGCAUGGGGCUCAGUCCAAUUUGAAACAAAACUUAAAAUUUUCAGCCUUUCCAGGAAAGAGGAAAUUCCUAGGAAUUUUUGUUGUGGGACUAGGGACAGGAGAUGUUUCCAAGAGGAAAUAUGCUCCUCAGGCCUGGUCAGCUGCUGAGUGAAAUUAACAUGAUUGACAUCAGUUUCGCAGCUGCCCACCAUCAACCAGCAGCUGUGAAAUCAUGUCAGUUUUACUCAGCAGCUCCCUGGCUUUGCAGGGUCUGCACUUCUGGGGCCUCCUGAGCUGGGGCCGCAGGGCUCCCAGCUCCAGGGAGGAAGCUUGGAAGCUUCGCAAGCCCAAGCUCAGGCGUGGGUCUCAGGGCCACCCAACUCCCAGCCACGCAGCAGGGAGUCUGGAGGCCCUACAGUCCCCAACGCUGGUGCAGCCUUGGAGCUGCAGAUCCUGGAAGCCCUGGCUGUCAAGCAGCCUGCCAGGUGGACUGGGCAGGGACCCAGGGAGGUUUCAUUCCAAACUGCCACCUGUCAUUUGUUGAAUAUUAACUAAACCUGCCACAUAUCUGUGAAACAUUUUGGGUUAGACAAAUGAGCAUUUGCAACCCUGUUCUGGCGGACAAUUCCUGACCAGUUCUACUGAGUCCACAAGUAGCUGUCCAAGGGACACUAAUGACUCCGUCCCUGCCCCCUGCCAUCUCUCUGUUGUAGCUUUCUACAGCCCAGGCACUAUUUGCACUUUGGAAACUGCUAAGAAGUAGUUGGGAAAACUUUCACUUGCGGUAAACCUGAAGUCUCUGGGGAACGAGCUACAUGGUGUGUUGGCUGUAACACAAACAUAUUAGAACAGAGGCAGGACCAUUUCAGAUUCCUUCUAGAAAGCAGCAGGAGUGUCUUAAAGUGACAUUUGGGUUGUCUCCCAAGAGCCAUGCACAGAUGUUCUCAUACCUGCAUAGAAAGGAGGUUUGCUGCCUUUAAGACCGCGCCUUGCUCUCCCCACAACCAAGAGAGGUGAGGCCUCAACUGGAGUAUUGUGUCCAGUUCUGGGCACCGCAUUUCGAGAAAGAUGUGGAGAAAUUGGAGAGGGUCCAGAGAAGAGCAACAAGAACAUAAGAACAGCCGUACUGGGUCGGACCAAAGGUCCAUCUAGCCCAGUAUCUGUCUACCGACAGUGGCCAAUGCCAGGUGCCCCAGAGGGAGUGAAGCUAACAGGCAAUGAUCAAGUGAUCUCUCUCCAGCCAUCCAUCUCCAUCCUCUGAUGAACAGAGGCUAGGGACACCAUUUUUACCCUUCCUGGCUAAUAGCCAUUUAUGGACUUAGCCACCAUGAAUUUAUCCAGUUCCCUUUUAAACCCUGUUAUAGUCCUAGCCUUCACACCCUCCUCAGGCAAGGAGUUCCACAAGUUGACUGUGCGCUGUGUGAAGAACUUCCUUUUAUUUGUUUCAAACCUGCUACCUAUUAAUUUCAUUUGCUGACCCCUAGUUCUUGUAUUAUGGGAAUAAGUAAAUAACUUUUCCUUGUCCACUUUCUCAACAUCACUCAUGAUUUUAUAUACCUCUAUCAUAUCCCCCCUUAGUAUCCUCUUUUCCAAGCUGAAGAGGCCUAGCCUCUUUAAUCUUUCCUCGUAUGGGACCCUCUCCAAACCCCUAAUCAUUUUAGUUGCCCUUUUCUGAACAAGAAUGUUUAAAGGUCUUGAGAACAUGACCUAUGAAGGAAGGCUGAAGGAAUUGGGUUUGUUUAGUUUGGAAAAGAGAAGACUAAGAGGGGACAUGAUAGCAGUUUUCAGGUAUGUAAAAGGGUGUCAUCAGGA